UGGUAAGACUUGAGAAAGAAGAUGUGCAGUAGAAUGAAAAGAAGCUGUCUGAUAAAAAAUUUGCACAAGAUCUGAAGUCUGAAGCUAAUUUCUGUGUAUACUCUCUGUGAAUCGGAAACUGUAUGAACAAUGCAUUUGAGAGACUGGGAGAGACAAUAGAUUCAAUUUUAUUUAAUUGAAAAUCAAAAUUGAACAAGAAAAAUGAGAAUAUCCUCAUCGGCACCGCCAUCAGGCGGAGGAGGAGAGGCGGAGACACUAUUCAGAACAAAAGGAAUAUCCGAGAUCAGAAAAGUAGAAGAGAGAACAAGAAAACAGAUCGACGAGAAGAAGGAGGAGCUCCGCCAGUUAGUCGGAAACCGCUACCGAGACCUAAUCGACUCCGCCGACUCAAUCGUCCUCAUGAAGUCAUCCUGCCACUCCAUUUCCUCUAACAUCUCUUCGAUCCACUCUCACAUUGCCUCCCUCUCUUCCUCCACCAAAUUAUCCACCUCCUCCCCAAACCCUAACCCUAACCCGACCGCUCUACGUGGAAGAAUCUACGGCAUCGCGUGUCGGGUCAAGUACUUGGUUGAUACUCCCGAGAAUAUCUGGGGGUGCCUCGACGAGUCCAUGUUUCUCGAAGCUGCUGCCCGAUACAUCCGGGCCAAGCAUGUUCACUCCAUUCUUACUGAUACUUCUGACCCGAAUAUAUUGUCUAAUUUUCCUCUGUUGCAGCAUCAGUGGCAGAUCGUCGACUCUUUUAAAUCUCAGAUUUCGCAGCGGAGUCGCGACCGGCUAUUGGAUCCUGCCCUCCCUGUUGCCGCCUAUGCGGACGGUUUGGCUGCCGUCGCGCUCAUUGAUGAUUUACUCCCUGUUCAGGUUCUUUCUUUGUUUCUUGAUUCUACUAAGUCGUGGAUUCUCCAGAAAUUGUCGUCGUCUAGUUUUGUGAGUUCCAGUGUUGUUUCUGUGCUUUGUCAAGUUGUUAACAUUAUUCAGGUCUGUGUAAGCCAUGUAGGGCAGUUGUUUUUGCAAGUGUUGAAUGAUAUGCCUCUGUUUUAUAAUGUUAUUCUCUCGUUCCCUCCCGCCUCUCAAUUGUUUGGCGGAAUUCCUAAUCCUGAGGGUGAGGUCAGUAUGUGGAAUUUGUUUAGGGAAAAACUUGAGUCCUCUAUGGUUACACUCGAUAAACACUUCAUUGCCACGACGUGUAUGUCUUGGCUGAGAGACUGUGGUGCGCUGGCUGUCAGUAGCGUUCACGGUCACUGCUUGAUUGAUUCUCUUGCUACUGGUCGAGAGCUUGCAUUGGCGGAAAAAUCCAUUCGCGAGACUAUGGAUAGUAAGCAAGUCUUGCAGGGGAGCUUGGAUUGGCUCAAGAGAGUUUUUGGCUCUGAGGUUGAGUUGCCUUGGAGCAGGAUCCGAGAGCUUGUCCUACAAGAUGACUCUGACCUCUGGGAUGAGAUAUUUGAAGCUGCUUUUCUUCAGAGGAUGAAAGCCAUUAUCAGCUCUGCAUUUAGGGAUUUGGCUGCAGAUAUUAAUGUUCAGGAUUCCAUAUCUGCCAUUCGAGAUACCACUGGCCAUCAUAUUGACUUCCAUGUUUACUUGAAUAGACCUUCCACUGGUGGUGGGGUGUGGUUUAUAGAACCCAAUUCUAACAAGUCUAAUUUGCUGCUUGGCUAUAAGGCAUCCUCAGAAGAAAAUGAUUUCCAGAGCUGUCUCAAUGCAUAUUUUGGUCCUGAAGUUAGUCAGAUCAGAGAUGUCGUGGACAGCCGUUGUCAAAAUAUACUUGAAGACUUUGUCAGUUUCUUAGAAUCUCCUAAGGCAGUGCUCAGGCUAAAAGAUUUAGGGCCGUUCUUACAGGAUAACUGUUAUGAUAGUGUGUCAGCCAUAUUGGCAGAUCUCAAGGCAGAGGUUGAUAAGUUAUAUGCCACCAUGGAAAUUCCCGGAAAGGAAAAUUCAUCCGUGUCGCCUGCUAUAGUCGUUGAGAGAUCUCUUUUCAUUGGGAGGCUCUUGUUUGCAUUACAGAGCCACACAAAACACAUUUCAAUCAUACUUGGUUCUGCACAGUUUUGGGCAAAAAGUACUACUGCUGCGGCAAUUGACAAGUUACCAUCUAUGUUGAGACAAUCUAGAGUUCCCACCGAUUCUCCUACUGGUGAUAGUUCCGGAAGGUCAACACCCACUGGUUUUAGACUUCAGACUUCAUCUGCUGCUGCUGCUUUGCUGGGUGCAGCUGAGAAAGCAAGCUCGAAACUUGAAGGCUUAACCAGAACCACGAGGGAUCUUUGCAUCAGAGCUCACUACUUAUGGGUAUCCUGGUUAUCUGAUGAGCUUUCAGCCAUUCUUUCUCGGGAUCUUGGUAAAGAUGAUGGAUUGUCAGCAACAACGCCCUUACGGGGUUGGGACGAAACAAUAGUUAAGCAAGAAGAAAAUGAGGAGAACCAAUCUGAAAUGAGAAUUUCACUCCCAUCCAUGCCUUCUAUGUACAUCAUUUCAUUUUUAUUUCGAGCAUGCGAAGAGAUUCAUAGAAUUGGAGGUCAUGUACUUGACAAAUCCAUUCUGCAAAAAUUUGCCGUAAGACUACUCGAAAAGCUUAUUAAAAUUUAUGAGGACUUCAUUUCUACUAGAGAGGCUCAUGUAUCUCAGGUGUCGGACAAAGGUGUUCUGCAAAUUCUGUUAGACCUAAAAUUUGCUGCAGAUGUUCUUUCCGGAGGUGAUUCUAAGACUACUGAGGACUUAUCUAGAAGUCCUUCUAUAAAGAUUUCUUUCCGAAAGAAACAGGAGCAAACUCAAGUAAAGUCAGUCUUUAGAGAGCGUAUUGAUGGGUUAAUUAAUCGUUUUUCACAAAAGCUGGAUCCAAUAGACUGGCUAACGUACGAGCCAUACCUUUGGGAAAAUGAGAGACAGUCAUACCUACGGCAUGCAGUCCUCUUUGGGUUCUUCAUGCAAUUGAAUAGGAUGUACACAGAUACAGUGCAGAAACUACCCUCUAAUCCAGAGUCAAACAUAAUGAGAUGCUCAACUGUUCCUCGUUUCAAAUACCUUCCAAUCAGUGCCCCAGCAUUGUCUUCUAGAGGAACAACCAAGACAUCAAUUCCAGCAGCUUCAGAUGAUAUUUCAUCUAGGAGUUCCUGGAAAGCCUAUACCAGUGGGGAGCUCUCACAAAAGGUUGAUUUGGAUGACAACUCAAGUUUUGGUGUAGCAACUCCGAUUUUAAAGUCUUUCAUGCAGGUCGGCAGCAGAUUUGGAGAGAGCACCUUUAAGUUGGGAUCUAUACUAACUGAUGGGCAAGUAGGCAUAUUCAAAGACAGAUCAGCAGCUGCAAUGUCGACAUUUGGUGAUAUUUUACCUGCUCAAGCUGCAGGUCUACUUUCAUCCUUUUCAGUUACCAGAUCGGACUAGUGAUUUCUGCUGAAAUCUUCUGUCCUCUUGUUUCCCCCACAUAGUUGCACUUUUUUUCUCCAAGAAGAGCAGUAAGAAUUGUCUAGAUGAAAGGAUGUUAUGAUCCUGAAUGUUCCAAGUCAUUUUUGUCCCGAGUGGAAAGUUCAUACAUAUGGUGCAUAAAAUGGGAGUUGGAUUCAGAGGUAAAGCAGGGGACGAUCUAUCUGUUAGAGAAGUGCAAAUAUGAAGAAAAAUGGCGUACGUUCAACUGGGGAACUGAGUAUUAUAAGAAGCAGAUCAGUAAUCAGUAUGAAUCUUGAUCUAAACUUGUAUAUAGGGAGGAGCUAUUGACUACGGAAGUUACAAAAAGGAGAAGCUGUUUCGAGUCUUUUGAAAUUGCUGUAUGGUCGAAGGUUGAUGUUUGAUCUGAAUAUCUAUCUUUAUAUAUCUAUAUAUAAUUUUACUUGUAGGCAGUUUUUUAAUAGAGAAGCUGCAUAAGGAACGAAAUGGCGGGUUUUGUAAGAUGGAUUUGGAUUUGCUCUCGAGAGGUUUUGCUUUCCAUUUGCAGAAAACGUCUAGAGUUAAAUUUGUGCUCAGCGGAUGUGGCCGUAGUCUAUGUGCCUUCCUGUUUAUGGUUCAGUAGUGAAGUGUAAAAGUUCUUUUGUUGUUGUUAAGGAAUUAGGUUGAAAUUGAAAGAAUCAUUUAUAGAAUAGCGAUAUACUGAUAUCCUUGAAAGAAAGAGUUGGUUUGGAUUGUGUUAUAUUUGAUCUGAUUCAACUCCUGUGCCAAGCUUAGAUUUAUGGAGAGUGGAGACCAUAUGUGUAUUUUGAUUUCCCAUAAUACAAAGAUAAAUGAAACGUUUGGAUUUUGUUUUUUCA